AUGACUAGUGUUCUCGCUGGAUUAGCAGAUGAUGUCCGUGCGGCACUGGAGCAGCUCUCCAAGGCAACGGAGGCUGUUGUAAUAGCUGAUACAAUUCAAGAGAAGAAAUCAGCAGAGAUGGCGGCGCGACCAUUUAUGCGAGAUGCUCGUAGUAAGGUGAGUACACUACGUGCAGAGGUGCGGCGUACACAGGAUCCCGGCACACGCACAUUAUAUGAUGGUAUUUGUCGUGAUGCCGAUGAAAAGGUCCGCGCCCUUGAUGCGGAGAUGAAGCGGCAGAUUUACCCCCAACGACUAUCACCUCGGCCAAAGACAUACACGGAACGAAGGGAGGAGGAACUGUUAGGGACUGGUGGGGCUACUGGAGCAGGAUAUCGAGAUUCCCAGGAGGUCUUACAGGCGGCCGUUAAUGUUCAGAAGGACGCACUGCUCUCAUUAGAGCGAGCUGAACGACUGCAACAUGUGACAGAGGAAACUGGUAGAGAUACACUGACAACAUUGCGAAGACAGACAGAGCAAAUGUACCACAUUGAUGAGGAAUUAGAGAAUUUGCAAGGACAACUUGAUCGAGCAACACGUGAUUUAAAGUGGUUCUAUAGGCAGUUGGCAGGUGACCGAUGCUUCUUAUCACUUUUGGGUAUAUUCGUUUUGGUAAUAGUAGUAUUGGUUUUUGUAUUAAUCUACAAGAAGCGACACCCAUAA